AGCAGUGGAGAAAGGAGGACCCCCGGGAGCAGGAUCCCGGCGCCCGGUCGCCCAAUCGUGUUCAGGCUUAGGCCCGCAUGGAGGGGACUGCGGAGUCCCAGACGCCUGACCUGCGAGACGUGGAAGGCAAGGUGGGCAGGAAGACCCCUGAAGGGCUGCUCCGCGGGCUGCGAGGCGAGUGGGAGCCGGGAGCCUCUGGCGCUCUGCUGCUCCCAGGGGCACCUACCACGGGCCACGGCCUGGGGGACAAGAUCAUGGCGCUGAGGAUGGAACUGGCUUACCUGCGAGCCAUCGACGUGAAGAUUCUGCAGCAGCUGCUGACCUUGAACGAGGGCAUCGAGGCGGUGCGCUGGCUGUUGGAGGAGCGGGGGACGUUGACCAGCCACUGCAGCAGCCUCACCAGCAGCCAAUAUAGCCUGACAGGCGGGAGCCCAGGCCGCUCAAGGCGAGGCAGCUGGGACAGCCUGCCAGACACCAGCUCCACUGACCGGCUGGACAGUGUCUCCAUUGGCAGCUUCCUGGACACGGUGGCCCCCAGUGAGCUGGAUGAACAGGGCCCCCCUGGGGCUCCCCGUCCUGAGAUGGACUGGGCAAAGUUUAUACCCGGUGGGGAGAGGGCCAGGACUGAGGUGGACCUGACAGCCACCAGGCUAGGGAGCUUGAGGGCUGUGUGGAAGCCCCCAGGGGAGGGGCUCCACAGUGGAUCUCCUGAGCCACCAGAGGAUGAGAGUGCCAAGCUGGGCUUUGAGGCCCACUGGUACUGGGGCCAGUGCCAGGAUGAUGUGACCUUCCUGUAAUGACUCUUUCACCCUCGUGUACUCCAGUGGCUCUUUCAUCACUAGGCCCUGGUCUCCCUUGAAUUUAUUCUCCCUCCAUCUAGGCUUAGGAAGAGGCUGCAUUGAAAUUAAUGACCAUGGAAACCUGGCCUCACCAUCCCUCUGGUCCCCGGGGAGGCUCUGCCUUUAUCCUUCAAUUAUUGGGUCCCUAGAGCUAUUUCCAUAGAUACAUUGACUCUAGUGGCUUGACCUGUGGCUCAGGUGUGAUGGAAUCUCUUCCCCUUUCCCUGCAACUAGGUAAGGAUUUGAGGGCUUAGCACCCUAGGAGAUCAUUGAUGAAGAGAUGGGGGUGUAAUUACCUCACCCAACAUCUAGGAGCCUUGGCCUCCAUCUUGGCCAAGAGGAACGAUUGUGAGGGACAUGGACAUUCAGGGCCAACCCUCCAUGGACUGACCCUCCAGAAGCCUUUGGUGCUGGUAGAGCCACCCCUUCCUGUCUGGUGAGUGAUGUCACUUCCUGCCAGGAUGGAUUAGCCUCUCCUGUCUUUUAGCGGUGCUAGGUCAGCAUAGGGCAUCUGAGCCCCUGCUGCUAAGUGAGACUAUAUUUUUAUUCUCCCUACCAUUACUCCUUGUGAGUGGAACAUAUCAUCCUCCUGGCAGGGAAGUUUCUCACUUGUCAGUUGUUUGUACUUCUUGUCAGAAAGUCUCUUAUUUUUUAAACAGGGAGUUCUCAUUUUAUCCUAGGGGUUCUCACUUCCUCUCUGACCACAUGCCUGUCUAGUGCCAGCACUCCUAUAUCUGUGCUUGUAGUGACAGAACCUGGCAGGGGCCUCGACCUACAGCUCUCAAGAGUCUGUUUGGCUUGCCCUGCCAUGGUCCCCUGUCUUACCCUGUUCCUGGGUUGCCCCCAUUCUUGUAUUCUGGCUCCAAAUCUGUCUGCCAGGAGGUUCAGCCUUUGUGUCUCCACACCUUCUCGGUUUCCACUUUGGGCCUCAGGCCUUUUAUAUGCAGAUGAGUCCCUCAGCCUUCUCUCCCCACUGCUGAUGCAAGCCAGAAGGAGGAGAAGCUUGAGGUGUACCAGAAUCCCUGAAAGGGGGAGGUAUCUGAAAGGGGGGGUAUCUUCUGAGAUCCUGUGAUUCCCCUUCCCCCAUCCUGCCCCAGACCUUCCACCAUUUGGUCACAAGGAUGCCUGCCUGAGGCUGGGACACAAGGAAUCCCCUUGUCUGGGUUACAAUGGGGGGCGUGGCAGAGAAAGACAGAGGCUCUUUGGUCCUAGGGCCCACAUCCUGGGAGGCUGGGAGAGAAAGAAGGGAAAGGCUGCUUUCUUUCUUCCCUGAGAGCAUGCUCUAGGCUCCUGGGACCUGGGGAGGGAGCAGGGGACUGAUUCUGGGCCUGGGUCCCAGGGCCCUAGUGAAUUAUACCAAAGAAGGAAUUCAGGGAAGGUGCCAACCUGGGGCUCAGGGAGAGGACAGGUUGGGGUGGAGGGGACAAGGGCUGUGGUUGAAGUCAGAGUAUGAAUUCUUGGAGAUUAACCCUUUGAACCCCGGGUAACUGCCACUUUGUUGGUCCCUGUCUUUCCUGGACCCUGAAACUAGAUUAUUGGAAGACAAAAAGGAGAAGAAAGGAUGUCAGGUGAUCCUUGCCUGUUUGCUGUGCCCUCCUGAGUUGGAGGAGUCUUCCUCAAGUCCUAGAAUAAUUCCUGCAGUUUCUGCACUUUUUACUCUAUGCUGGGAAGGGAAGAGCCAAGUUGGUCAUCUCUACUUCCCCUAAAUUCCUCAAGUCUUGUUCUGCAACCUCUCACCCCAGUCCUUUUGGGGCAAUACAUUCAGUCCGUUGCUUUCCUCUAAAGACCUCCUCUUCUCCUGUCCCCUCAAAGUAAUUGAAAUCUCUAAAGACUCUAAUAUUCUUAGUCUCUUCGCCUCUGCUGUCUACCAGCCCUCUACUUACCCCUCCUGGUCUUAGAGCUUUCCCUAUCCUGACUCUGUUGCCAUUUUGUAAUGCCCUUAGGAUAACUGCCUUUCCACUUUUUUGAAGCUUGCUUGUUCAUUUAAUCCACAAAUUUCUGAGUUGAAGUGGUUGUCCGCCCUCUUGUGGCCAUUAUGCAACAUUGCCAGUGUAGCUGGGUGAAACGUUCAGGCUCAAAUAUAGCGUAACAGAAGACCGGCUGCCUCAGUGCACAGACAGGCUAAAGCGACAGGCCUAGAGAAGGCAGAGACUUGCUCAGUGUCACCCAUGGUAAAUCCGUGACAGUGUUCAAGUUAAAGAACCCAGAUCUCCUGCCUGCCUCCCUGCCCAUAGUUCCAACACUUGGCCAGACUGUUCCCCCUCUGCACCCUGUCGACACCACCCAAGCCCAAAGGGUCUAAAAGCAAUUUUCCCCCUGUUUUAAUAAUCAUGAUCUUACCCCACCCUAGAGAGGCAGCUCAGUGUUUAGAAAAAGAGCUACAGGCUCUGAGGAAAGAGAACCUUGCACUAGGAUUGGAUAAAGUAUGCGUUAAUCUGAACUGCAGAUGUAAGGAAAAUCAACCCUACACCAACUUUUUCUGGGAAGGGAGGGCAAGGAGGCCCAGGCCUCAUAAGGGCAGAACUUAGCAUUCCAGACUUGGAGGUUCGAAGAGGGGGUGGGGGUGGGAGAUGAGAGAUGAGGAAAUCCAGAUGGGUCCUGUAGAGUUGGGGAGCUUCGGGGUCAAAGGAUUACACCUCAAUUGGAUAGGCAUCUGAGGGUGUUGAGACGCUGGAGAGGUGGGUGAGUGGGGCUGCCUGGGAACUCCAGGUAGGUCUGGGCAUCCUGUCCCAAUACCUUAGACUCCAUUUCACUACCAGAGAAGCCCAGGAACCCCAAUAAACACACUCCUUGGUCCACCCUACCUGCCUCUGGACUGGCUGCUUAAGGCUUAGCUCUCUGUUAGUUUAGACUUUUCUGGGUCAGGAUGAGGACCUGUUUGGGUACUCAAAGAAGGAGAUGCCAUGAAAAGGGAGAGAGAUGCAGAGAGACAAAAGAGAAUGAAGUGAAAAUGAAGUUUGAAAAUAUAAUCAGAGGGAGCAUACUGCCCUCCACGUGGGCUGGGGACUUUAGUCAGGGCUCAGGGUAAAGGCAGAGAUGAGACUCCUCUUGGCAGCUGUAGGAAUAGCACCUGGGAGGAUAAGGGGUGAUGCUGACUGGGAUGAAUCCAUCAGGGAGACAUGAGACCAUGUGAAUGGGCAAGUGUAAGGACCUGCAUUUAGGAUGGGGCAGUGAGGUUGAGCACAGGACUGAAACUGGAAGCUUAGUGGCAGCUUAGGUGAGAAAUGUUUGGAGCUUGCAGUGGACAUGGGCUCAUUGUGUGCAUGAUGCCAGGCAUGUACUGGGUGUUCAGUGACACCUGCUGAAUGAAUGGAGGAAUGAAUGUAUGUAAACCCACAAGGAGAUGUGACUUAUAAUUUGAAAAGUAGUUACUUAGGUACGAAUAGGUAAUUAAAAAUACUCUAAUUCUUAGCAAACCUAUAAACAAUGCAUUAUUAACAAUGUAUUGUUCUUUAGACAUUUGCUCAAGGUCAGAUAGGUAAUAAAGAAACUAUAGAAUGAACCAAAGUCAGUAUGACGGCAGGGGCUUCCACCCCCUGUCCGAUAGACCUUACUCUCCUAGAAGAACAGGUUGUGCUGUCCAGCAGCAGUGCCAGUGUACAAGUUCCCAUUGCUGCUGUGACAAACUAUGGUGUUGGUAGACCUCCUCUGGAGACUCUAGGGGGUAAUCCAUUUCUUUGCCUUUUCUAGCUUCCAGAGGCUGCUUGUAUUCCUUGGUUCAUGGCCCCUUCCUCCAUCUUCAAAGCCAGCAGCGUAGCAUCUCUCCUCUCUGACCUCUGCUUCCAUCCUUACAUCUUUCUCUAAUUCUCCUGUCUCCUCUUAUGGGGAUUACAUUAUGAUUACAUAUCCUUGUGCUUACACUGGGCCCACUGGGAUAAUCCAGGAUCAUCUCCCCACCUCCAGAUCCUUAGUUUAACCAUAUCUUCCAACUCCCUUUUGCCAUAUAAAGUAAAAUAUUCACAGGUUCUGGGGAUUAGGACAUGAACAUCUUUGGGGGAAGGGCCAUUAUUCAGCCUUCCAUAAGCAGAGACAGAGGGUGUGCAGGAGGAGGCACCUGGGCCCAGAAUGAGCCUCUAUACUUUGUCCAGCAUCCUUCAGGCUGGAGUGAGAGGUGGUGCCAAGGGGUGAUAGCCAGGUCCAGUCCCCAUGUCUGGAGACUGGCAAGUGCCUCCUGCAUCAUCGCUACCAUUUUGUGUUCCUCAAAGCAGAAGAUAAUUACCAGCUAAGUAGCUUGGGCUCUCUCUAGAAAGGGUAGAUUAGUUGUCUCUCUUUUAAAUUAUUAUUAUUUUUUAUUCCUUAAUAAUUAAACCAUACUCCUCAGAGCGUGGUGAACUCUUAUCAUCAGUUGAUUCUAGGCCCCUUUUUUGUUUUAUUUUCUUUUAAUCCCUGAUCCCUAUUCUUAUUCCUCUCCCUGAGCCAGGCAUACACUUUAAUGUGUUCAGUAUGUGUUUGGAUAUGUAUGUAUCUUUGAAAAUAUAAAUAAUUAUGUAUUUAUGUGUUUUAAUACAUAUAAAUGGUAUACUUUUAUAAUAAGCUAACUUCUAUAAUGAAUUGCCCCAUAUUACAGUGAUUUAACACAGUAAAGAUUUGUCACUUACACAGGAGCACAGGUAUUCCUGGUUGGAUGGCUCUCCACUGCCCAUUUCCUGUCCCAGGAUCCUUCCAUUUUCAGGUGGUGAUAGCCUGAUCCUGCAUCACAAAGUUCCCCGUCAACUUUUCACCAAAUUUUUUUCCCAUCCAUUAAUGACCAUUUUAUGAAUUGGUUAUUUCAUUAGCAAUUACAAAAUGAUGGUUUUCUAAUGCUAUUAUUUUUUUUUCUUUUAUUACUUCUGAUUCUAUACAGAAAAACUUUGUCACAUCCUCUAGGACCACUUGGUUACCUUGACAUAAAGUUCAUACCAGAAUGGCAAGAUAGAUGCUGACAUCUGUUCCUUAUUUGUCCCUUUCAAAGUAGUAAGUUGAUGUCCUAGCAACUUGGUGUUCAAUGAUUUUGUUUGGUUUCGAUCUCUCUUUAAAUCAUGCUGUGAACUUUUGUUUUAUAUAUUUAAUGUCUUUUAAUAAUUUGUAGGGGUUUUUUUGUUUUGUGUUAUAUAAAAUCUCAAGCAUAAACAAAAGUAGAAAAAAUAGUAUAAUGAAUUUCCAUGCACCCACCACCCCGCUUUGUUAGUUAUUAACUCGUGGCCAAUCUUGGUUUAUUUAUUCCCUUGACUACUUUCUCCCUAACCAAGACUAUUUUGAAGUAAAACUAGAUAUGAUUCUGUUUCAUUUGUAAAUGUUUUAGUAUGUAUCUCUAAAAGAUAAGGACUUUUAUUGCCAUUAUUGCACCUUAAAGUUAAUAAUUCCUCAAUAUAUAAAAUAUAGCUGUUCAAGUUUCUGAUAAAUUUUGAGUUUCAGUAUCAGUUAUGCUGGCCUCCUGAAAGAAGUCAGGAAGUGUUUCCUCCUCCUGUGCUUUCUGAAAACAUUCGUGUAAGAUUGAUAGUAUUACUCAGUAUUUAAUAGAAUUCAUUAGUAAAAUAAUAUGGGCCUCGAGUUUUCUUUAUGGAGGAGGUUUUUGAUAACAAAUUCAAUUUCUUUGAUACAUAUAGAGCUAUUCUGACCUCUAAUUUCAUUUUGAGUUAGUUUUGGUAAGUUGUGUUUUUCAAAGAAUUUGUUUCAACUAAGCUGUUGAAUUGAUUGGCAUGAAGUUGUUUAUAACACUGCCUUGUGUUUCUUUUAAAAACUCUAUUCAUUGUAAAAUAAAGCACAAGUGUAGAAAACACACAAA